AUGACAUGCUUCACUCAAGAACAUGGCUUGACUUGUGGAUUAACAAAUCAAUUGUUCGAAUUAGCAACAUGUCUUGCAAUCAGUACAAAAUUGGGAUCAAAACAAUUCAUAUUACCUAGUAUUGGGUCCGAUGGAAAUUGGGGAUUAUGUUAUUGCUCAAAAUCUCAACGAUAUUCCACCUUUUUUGAUUUGGAGAGAAUGAAAAAGUUAGCAAAACAAAGAUUUGGACUCACAAUUUACGAAUAUAAAGAGAGUCAAACUCUUUUACAAGAUGUUUCUGAGGAGCUUUUUCGGCUACAAGAUAAUACUCUCUAUUUAAAACCUCUUUAA